ACUGAUGACGAAGUUCAACGUAGAGCGGACAGGAAGAUCCAACCACAGGCUUCAGAGGAAAAAUGGCAACUGUUUCGGAUCACGGUCUAAAAAAAAUAGUUUGGCAAAAAAUACAGGAAACAAUCAUUGCGGAUUGCAAAAAGUCUGAAGUAUGGAAGAUAUUGAUACUGGAUCAAUUUACCACCAAGCUUCUGACUUCCUGUUGCAAGAUGUCAGACUUGAUGUCAGAGGGAAUCACAAUUGUCGAGGACCUUUUCAAAUGCAGAGAACCUGUCCCAGAGAUGAAGGCCAUCUACUUUAUGUCCCCAACCUCAAAGUGUGUGGACGCCUUCAUUGAAGACUUCAAGACUAAACCCAAGUACAAAGCAGCAUAUGUGUACUUCACUGACUAUUGUUCAGAUGAUUUGUUCAGCAAGAUGAAAUCAUACUGUGCAAAGUAUAUACGUGUCUGCAAAGAAAUAUGCAUCUCUUUUUUACCCCACGAAGCACAAGUGUUCACCUGUGAUGAUCCCGGAUCCUUCCAGAGCAUUUACAGUCCAAACAGCGGAGACAAGGGGAAGACACUAGAGACUCUGGCCGACCAGAUCGUCACCCUCUGCGCCACGCUGGACGAGUACCCUGGCAUCAGAUUCAAGAAGGACUCCAGCAUGUACAAUGCAAAGCACCUAGCAGAGUUGGUGGAUAAAAAACUGUCCAACCAUUACGAGAUGGAUGACAAAGGCAAGAAGAAGGAGAAGACCCACGCCCAGCUGUUGGUCGUGGAGAGGGGCUUUGACCCUGUGAGCCCCAUCUUACAUGAGCUCACCUACCAGGCCAUGGCCUACGAUCUGAUCCCUAUCAAGAACGACGUCUACAAAUACAAGUCUAAAGACGGCUCAGAGAAGGAGGCCCUGCUGAACGACGACGACCUUCUGUGGGUCCGACUUCGACACAUGCACAUUGCUGAGGUCUCUGAACAGAUACCCAAGCUGGUGAAAGAGAUUGCCGCCAAGAAGAAACAACCAGAUGGAAAGAUCACAAUAAGUGGUUUAUCCCAGCUUAUGAAAAAGAUGCCUUCUGUCCGCAAGCAGGUGUCUCAGAAAACUGUUCACCUGAAUUUGACCGAGGACUGCAUGAACCAACACGAGAAGAAGCUCUGCAAAGCGGAGCAGGACCUGGCUGUGGGCUUGGACAGCGAGGGCCAGAAGGUCAAGGACCCCAUGAGGACCCUGCUGCCUGUGCUGCUGAACACCUACAGCGUCUACGACAAGAUCCGAGCCGUGCUGCUCUACAUCUUCAGCCUGAACGGGACCACCGAGGAGAAUCUGAGUAAACUCAUCCAGAAUGUGAAGAACGAGGACAGGCAAGAGAUGAUUCUGAACUGGAAGGAACUCGGAGUCUCCAUCAUAUCAACGCCGAACCUUUUUUCUCGGAAGCCGCCCAGGAAGGACCGCUCUCAAGACGACACAUACGACCUCUCCCGAUGGACGCCUGUCAUCAAAGACGUGAUGGAGGAUGCUGUAGAGAACAAGCUGGACAGUAAGGAAUGGCCGCACCAGUCUGAGUGUCCUGCCGCCUGGAAUGGCUCUGGUGCAGUCAGCGCCCGCCAGAAGCAGAAAACGAGCUCCCAGGAGGGGCGUAGGAGCGCCUCGCGGCUGAUCGUCUUCAUCAUCGGGGGGAUGAGCCACUCUGAGAUGCGCUGCGCGUACGAGGUCACGCAGGCAGUCAAGUCCUGCGAAGUCAUCAUAGGGUCCUCGCACAUCGUCACCCCAACCAGUCUCCUAGACGACAUCCAGGCCCUGACCAAGGCACCGACCCAUGCACCCACGGAGACCUUCACUAUCGUGGUGGAGGACACAAAGGUCUGAGCAGCAUCCUCACGUUGCUACUAGCAACGCCCCCCCACCCCAAGCCUGAACACAGAGCACUCACCCUCCAGCUCGGAGGCCUGAAGGGAAUUUGUAUCUACUAACACUUCCUGUUUGAACCCGGUUCAUAAAGUUAACGGUAAGGCGCCACAGCGUCCUGUUGUUAUUGUUAUCCUAACUUCCUGUCGUUUUUUUUUGUGUAUUAAUAAAGAAUUAAUAAACAGGUGUGACAUUUAGUGUUGGGAGGAAACUGAAAUUGUCAAGAGAUUGUGUGGAACAAAGUAGAGCUAAGCUUAUGUACAUAAUGAAGCACUGAAUCAUGCUAGCUAUACCUUCCCAGACCUCCCUUGUUAUUGUUGAUAGAAUUUUUCAGAUAUAAUUAUACUGCAGAGUGAAUGUAACAUAAUUAAGAAUAUGUACUUUUUUGCCUACUGAACGACUGACAAAUAAAUGAAUGACGUUGUU